UGGUUUCUUGCUGUGGGCCAACUUUUUUGCCCCACUUGAGAAAGUAAAAAAAAAAAGAAAUAAAAGAAAAAAUAUAAAUAAAUAAAUAAAUGUAUAUGAAAAUGAAGAAAACAAAAAAAUUCGAACGAAAACAUUCUUCGUCAUGGAUAGAGAGUACUGAAUAAUUCAAAAUCCAACAGCAACGAGACGAGGUCCUUGCUUUAGGGGUAAAAGAGAACGAUAUAUAUACAAAAAAGUCACAAGAAUACCUUUACGACUGCGUUCUGCAUACGAAAAUAUACCUCAGGGAGUAGCGGUAAAAUUCGAUAAACCAGGCAUCAUCCCUUUUUCUUUUUUUUUAUUUCUCUUUCUUCACUUUUUUCUAUUUUUUUUUUCGUUUAAAAAUCGAAUUUGGAAAACGGUUUUCAUCUCUUAUUUUCUAAACCUCAAUAUUCCUUCGUCAGAUAUAUACAUUGCUGCGAAUAACUAUAUGUAAAAUUAUAUUAUACUUUGAUAGCAUAAGGCUGCCAAAAAGUGCAAGAUCCAACUAAACUAUGGAAAUAUUUUUCCCUGUAGACGCGUCAUAAAUAUAGAUAAAUCGAAUAGUGUUGAAAUUUAUAUAUUUAUUUCUUCAUGCAAUAUUCUACAUGUGAAUACAAUUAAUUGUAUCGAUUUAAACAAAAUAUAUAAAUUUUUUAUCAGACACUGAUAUGCAAUUUUAGUCUAAACGAAAAACCAUGUUGCACUAAAAAAUUUAUACAAAUUUAUGCAAUAUUAAUACAGAGCAGCAACUCUUUCAAUUUAUUAAUGUACUUUUUUUUUUUAAAUCGUCCAAGAUCAAACUAAAGUUUUACAAGUAAUUUAAAUACAUAGUGGAUGACUACAAGAAUUCUCAUACCACACACAAAAAAAAAAAAAAACUGAUUUAUCAAGAUGAGUUAAUUAAUCAUUGUGAAGUAAAAAUGUUCACAGGAUGUUUUUGGUUUUUUGUCUGACCUUUAUAACGAUACCCAUGAGACUUUUUAUGGUCACAGUGUGUGAAAAAAAAAUAAAAAUAAACCACUGUGCAGAAUAUAGUGAAUAAAACAAAUAACAAACCGAUCACACAAAGUGUAGAUUCUCAAACUCUAGGGUGUAAUAGUAGAUUGGUGAUCAAUUAUAUAAAUAAAGUCAAAAGUGUACUUGACACUGAAAUUUGUAAGAACUUGAUCAAAGUGAUCAGCAAGUGUCAUCUAUUGGAGUGUCAAUGUUAUAUACUUGCACAUGAAAGCUCGUCAUUAUUUACUUAAAAACUGUUAAUCCAACUUUUAAUCAUAUUAUAUUUUUUAACCAUAAAAAAAAAACUUGACAUGAUAAAAUAAAAUUUUAAAAAAAUGUAUGAAAAGAAAUUUAUUAUAUUUAAAAUAUCAAGUGUCAUUAUUGAUAUUAUUAUUGAAUAAAUUAUAUUAAAAUUUUUUAAUUAAACUGUGCUUGAAUUAAUUUGAUAAAAAAUUAUAAAAAUAAUAAAAUAUGAUAGUCCAUUAAGUUAAGUGGUAUGAUGAAAGUUUAAGUAAGAAGAAUUUGUUGUCGGAUUUAUCGGGGUAUGGCAUGAGGACAUUAUCAGUUAAAAAAGGCUGCGGGCCCAGCCAGGUGGAGGAUGAGGAUGGUGAUGGGUGUGAUGGUGCUGGGUCAGCUUUUGACAAGAAUACUUUUGGCUGCUCAUGCUGGCGAUCGUCUUGCUGCUGCCCGCAGAAUACUUCGAGAUGUUCCACUCAUAGAUGGACACAACGAUCUACCUUGGAAUAUUCGAAAAUUUUUAAAAAAUCAAUUGCGUGACUUUCGAUUUGAUGAUCUUCGAGAGAGUCAUCCAUGGUCUAAUACAGUCUGGAGCCACACGGAUUUGAGAAGACUGAAGGAGGGAAUGGUAGCAGCCCAGUUUUGGUCGGCGUAUGUACCAUGCUCAUCACAACAUCUUGACUCGGUACAAUUGGCUUUAGAACAAAUAGAUUUAAUUCGUCGUUUGGUCAAUAAACAUUCACAAAAUAUGAUUCUCGUAACGACUGCUGAAGGUAUUGAACAAGCACAUAAAGAUGGUAGAUUAGCAAGUCUUAUCGGUGUUGAGGGUGGUCAUGCUGUUGGAACAAGUCUUGCUGUAUUGAGAAUGCUCUACGAAUUGGGUGCAAGAUAUUUAACACUAACUCACACAUGCAAUACACCUUGGGCAGACUGCAGCACAGCAGAUGAACCUGGUCAAGUGCCUCAAAUUGGUGGUCUUUCAAACUUUGGAAAAAGUAUAGUGCUGGAAAUGAAUAGGCUGGGAAUGAUGGUGGACCUAUCACAUGUGUCUGUGCCAACAAUGCUAGAUGCCAUGGGUAUUUCACGAGCACCAGUUAUCUUUAGUCAUAGUAGUGCUCAUGCACUUUGCAAUUCAUCGCGAAAUGUGCCUGAUCAUGCACUUCGAUUAUUGGCAACAUCUGGUGGUAUUGUCAUGAUUUCAUUUUAUCCACAUUUUAUAAGCUGUAGUGGAAGAUCUACACUACAAGACGUUGCCGCGCAUAUCAAUCAUGUGCGAAAGGUCGCCGGAAUCGACCACGUUGGCAUUGGAGCUGGAUACGAUGGAAUCAAUUUAACACCGACUGGUCUGGAGGAUGUCAGUAAGUAUCCAGAACUGUUUGCUGAGCUUCUGACGAAAGGCUGGUCAGAGAAAGACAUUCAAAAACUUGCUGGACUAAAUCUAAUUCGUGUGUUCAAAUCAGUCGAGCAGGUGAGAGACAGAAUGGCAGCAGAAGGGAUAGAACCAUUCAAUGAUGACAUACCAGAAAAUGAUAUUAUCGGAAGAGAUUACUGUCGUUAUAAUCUUAGACAACAAUUCGCAAAACCCUAAGUGAAUUUAAUAAUUUGUGUAAAAGUGCAAUGAUUUUUUUCUUUAUUAUAAUUUUCAUAUUAUAUAUAAUAGUGUUUAAAUAUUUAUUAAUUUAAAAAAAUUACGCUGCAAAAUGCACAAAUAAAUUUUCAAUUUUAAAAAAUAAAAAAGUGUGUGAAAAUAAACAAGAAAAAAAAAAAAAAAAAAACUAAAAAUACCAAGUAAUUUUAUCAAGUGAAAAUGAAAUAAAAUCUAUUAUAAAUGUAUAUUAUGAAUCAAAAAAAAAAAAGAAAAAAAAAAAAACCGACAUUGUGACAAAUGGACCAUUGUAAUAUUCCAUGACCAAAAAUGUUUGUAUAAAAAAUAUUAAUUGUUCA